AUGGAAGAUUACGAGUACGACGAUUUCGAAGCUGGCAACGAGACAAUCGCGGUUGGCGAACAUGUCUAUGAUGAAGCUGCUCUGUUGCGACAACAGGAGGCGUUGAUGGAGGCAGCUAGAAAGGCGGCGUAUGUUCCCGAGGCCAUUAAGGAAUUCAUUCUUUACUUCCAAAAGUGUUUACAUGAGAAGAAUGUUUAUGAGUUACUGUCGUGUUACGACAACUCGUUCCGCAAGCUUACUGAGAAGUUCUACAAGAACCUUCCUUGGCCAUCGCCCGAAUUGGCAGUGGCUCCUAUUGUCAACAACGACCAAACAUUCCUGUUAUUCUACAAGGAACUGUAUUACCGUCAUUUAUAUGCCAAGGGACAACCUACUAUCGAACAGAGACUCGAUUCGUACCACAACUACUGUACAUUAUUUGAUUUCAUUAUCAAUUCGGAGACUCCUACUGAUAUUGAACUGCCCACUCAAUGGUGUUGGGACAUGAUUGACGAGUUCAUCUACCAGUUCAACUCGUUCUCGAUUUUCCGAUCCAGACUCAUUAAAAAGGGUAAUGCUUCUCAAGCGGAUUUGGAGCUGUUGGAGAAGAACGUGGGUGUAUGGGGAGCAUAUCCCGUUCUCAAUGUUCUUUACUCGCUUGCUGGUAAAGCCAACAUCACUGCUCAAUUAAAAGCCACUAAGAACGGCCAAGAUGCUACUCAAGUGGCAGGUCCUUUUGGAUCCAAACCUCUUUACAACACCCUGGGUUACUUCAGUUUAAUUGGAUUACUACGUGUUCACACUCUUUUGGGAGAUUACGCACUUGCUCUUAAGACUCUUGAAGACGUCCAAUUGAAUAAACGGGCACUUUUGUCUCGUGUCACUGGUGCUCAUUACACCACUUACUACUAUGUUGGAUUCUGUUACUUGAUGCUUAGACGAUAUGCUGACGCUAUUAAAUCGUUUUCGCACAUUCUUGUGUUCAUUUCCCGUACUAAGAACAUCAACCGUAACGCUCAAUUCGACAAUGUCAACAAGAAGUCGGACCAGAUGUACGCACUUCUGGCCAUCUGUGUUGCUCUGUGUCCCACCAGAUUAGACGAUAUUAUUCACACUGGCAUGCGUGAGAAGUACGGAGAGCAACUUUCCAAGAUGAACCGCGGUGGUCCCGAUGCUCUCAAGACUUUUGAAGAGUUGUUUGUAUUUGCUGCUCCCAAGUUCAUUUCUCCUACCCCUCCUGACUUUGAACACCCCGAGUACAAUGUCGAGCCUCUUCAACACCAUCUCAAGAUCUUCCUUGAGACCGUCAAGACCGCUAAUCUCGGCUACACCCUGAAAAACUACCUUAACCUGUAUGCUACCAUGGACAUCCGCAAGCUUUCUGGGUUCCUUGAGACCGAUGUCGAGCUGCUACGAAGUGCUCUUGUGUCGUUCAAGAUCAAGAACAAGCAAACCAAGUGGACUGAGGGUGCUCUUCUGGAUGGCGAAAGUGUCAACGUGUCUGAAAUCGACAUCGCCCUUGACAACGAUCUCAUCCACAUCGCCGAGUCUAAAGACGGCCGCAAGUUCGCCGAUUGGUUCAUCCGCAACACCCUCAAGAACUACACUGCCCAAGAGUUCAUUGCCAACCCCGACAGCAAACAAGACCAGCAGCACGACAAGUCCAAGAAACAACACAACCGGCCCAAAAAAGACACCAACAACACCAAAAAGGACUCCACCCCCGCUCCUUCUACCUCCUCGUCUGCUCCUGUAGCUGCUAAAUAG